AUGGGAACAUCAUACGCAGGCGAAGCGAAACCUGACCAAGAUGUUAGAGUAUGGAUGGAUGGAUGUUACGAUAUGGUUCAUUUCGGUCAUGCGAAUGCUUGUCGUCAAGCUAAACAAAUGGGUGGAUAUUUAGUCGUUGGAGUACACUCAGAUGAGGAAAUUACCAAGCACAAAGGUCCACCAGUAUUCAACGAACAGGAGAGAUACAAAAUGGUCCGUGCAAUAAAAUGGGUUGAUCAAGUCGUCGAAAAUGCACCGUAUGUGACAACGCUUGAAACGUUAGAAGAAUACAACUGUGCAUUCUGCGUACAUGGAGAUGAUAUCACGGUAACUGCUGAUGGUGUCGAUACAUAUCAUAUUGUCAAAACAGCCGGUCGAUAUCGAGAGUGUAAACGUACACAAGGAAUAUCAACCACGGAUCUUGUCGGAAGAAUGUUAUUGGUGACAAAAUCACAUCAUGAACCUGAUGAUAUGUUACCUGAUCGGGAAAACACACGACGUAUGAGCUUAUGUAAAGAAAGUGUUAGUCCAUGGACUGGCGCAUCACAAUUUUUGGCAACGACCAAUAAAAUCAUUCAAUUUUCAAACGGACGAGAAGCUAAAGCUACUGAUAAAAUAGUUUAUACUGCUGGUGCUUUCGACUUAUUCCAUGUUGGUCAUGUUGACUUCUUGGAAAAAGCCAAAUCAUACGGCGAUUAUCUUAUCGUUGGUUUACAUUCCGAUAAAGUUGUUAAUCGAUAUAAAGGCAGUAAUCAUCCGAUUAUGAACAUUCACGAGCGUGUUCUAAGUGUACUAGCAUGUCGGUAUGUCGAUGAAGUGGUCAUCGGUGCGCCUUACUCAGUCACUAUGGAAUUAAUGAAUCACUUCAAAGUUUCCAUUGUUAUACAUGGUCAAACGCCUUGUGAUUCAGAUGUCGACGGGCGUGAUCCAUAUGAAGUACCUAAAGGUCUCGGCAAAUUCCAGCAAAUCGACAGUGGAAAUUCAUUGACAACGCAAGAUAUUAUUACACGUAUUAUCGAUAAUCGUUUGACAUACGAGAAACGCAAUAAGAAGAAAGAAGCCAAAGAAGCAGCUGCUUAUGAUGCAUUUCAAAAACUAAAAAAUGAAAAUCGCCAUGAAUCAGCAGCUGUUAACAUCGAACAGGAUCAAUUGGCAAAGAAAGACUAG